UACAAUGCAGUGGGGGUAAAAACUGCCGUUGUACUGGGAUUCCAAUGAGAAGGGGCGGUCUGUAAGUGGUGCACAAACUCCCGUUGGAAUCAUCUGGCAAGCUUCCAAAAUACUGAUGCCCAAGUUCCAUUCCCAAAGACUGUGUGUGGUCCGGAUUUUGAAAGUUUGAAAACAGAGCCUCAGGUGAUUGCAAUCUGCAAGCAAUUUGGAGAAUCUCUGGGUUACCUGGCAGUGCAAGGACCGGACACAAUGCUCACCGCGUGCCACUGGGUGGCGCUGCCCGCUCGGCGCGGCGCUUCGGAAGACUGGCCUGUGCGGCCACCGAUCGCACACCUGCUCCGCCUCUUCCAGGCGGGCCCCGGGGCAUGCUAUCGGAGAGGCGGGGCUCCGAGGUUGGGGCGCGGCCACGGGCUCUCUGCUGACCCGGGCCAGCUGAACCCCGCGGCGCUCAGGAUGCUGCUGCUCGUGGAUGCGGACCGGCCGGAGCCCGUGUGCAAUGGGGCGCGUGAGCUCGCGCUCUUCCUGACCCCGGAGCCCCAGGCCGAGGCAAAAGAGGUGGAGGAGACCAUUGAGGGAAUGCUCCUUAGGCUGGAAGAGUUUUGCAGCCUAACUGACAUGAUCAGGAGUGACACUUCACAGAUCUUGGAGGAAAACAUCCCACUUCUCAAGGGCAAGGUGACAGAAAUGCGUGGCGUCUACACCAAGGUGGACCAGCUGGAGGCUUUUGUCAAGAUGGUCGGACAACACCUCACCUUCCUGGAGGCCCAUGUGCUUCAGGCUGAGCGAGCCCAGGGGGCCUUCUCACAGACCCUAAAAAAGUGGCUGGGCUCUGCGGGGCUCCCCUCCUUCAGGACUAACCCACUGGCACCAGCACCUCCACCGUAUGAACUGCCCAAGUUGUACAGGACGGAGGACUAUUUUCCUGUGGACUCUGCGGAGGUACCACAUCAACCCCAAAGCAGCCAGAGGCGUCUGUGAGCUCUGAGGUCCUGCGUGGGGAUAUUAGGAUAUUCCGUGGCUGGAGAAACCAUGUUUAUGUUGGUUUAUUUUCUGAAAUUUCCCCUGGCUCCUAAGUGGUAGUGCCUCAGGGAGGAGUUGUCAUUUGGGACAAUGAGAGCCCUGUGGGUACUUUGGGACAAGGCACUCAGGUGGCCCUGGGGUGAGGUUCCUGUUCUCUUUGUGAAGGGCUGUGCCCAGGAACUGUGGGGUUUGUUCAGUGCCAUCAGGGUGUACGGCUCAGGUCUAUGUUGGGAAGUCUAUGUUGCAAACCUAGUGCCUGCCGUGCAGGAAUCCUCUCAAUAAAAGUGUCCCAAGACCCGUGUG